AACGGUGCAGAUACCCAAGCUUUCAUCCAGAUUUCUCAUCCCAGUCGUCUCCUUCCUCCUGUCUUCUCCAGCGUCCGAUCAUUCUUCUCCGCUUCCGAGCAGCGCUGAUAAAGUUCCGAUUUCUCUCUCCUCCCUAACCCAUCCCAAGCGCUUGCGCGCGAAUUUAUCGAGGUUGUUGGAGAUGUCGAGCCCUGGCGAUGGGUGCCGCGAGAACGGCGAGCGAAGCCCGAGAUCCAAUAUGCGAGAGCAGGACCGGUAUCUUCCGGUCGCCAAUAUUAGCCGGAUCAUGAAGAAGGCGCUCCCUCCGAAUGGAAAGAUUGCGAAGGAUGCCAAGGAGACGAUGCAGGAGUGCGUCUCGGAGUUCAUAAGCUUCGUCACCAGCGAGGCGAGCGAGAAGUGCCAGAGGGAGAAGAGGAAGACGAUAAAUGGAGAUGAUCUGCUGUGGGCGAUGGCGACGCUGGGGUUUGAAGAGUACAUCGACCCACUGAAAUUAUAUAUGCAGAAGUAUAGGGAGACGGAGGGUGAUAACAAGGCGUCGACAAAGGCAGCAGAUAACCUGGGUAAAAGAGAAGCAAUGGAACUUCAAGCUGAAAACCAAGCUGGUGCCAGCACACAAGGACCGAUCAAAUUUCUUCGACGCAGUUCUUUUUCUCAUGACGCGGCUUACAUGCAAUCCCAGUUUGAUAAUGGAGAUCUCUCUGGAUAAAUCUGGGAUCGUCCACCUUAGAUGCUUGUAAUUCAGGAAUUGUUGCCGCAAACAGAA